AAAUUCGGUUAAUCCUGUUGGAAUUUGAUAUAAUUUAAAAAAUAGCGCAAAUGUAUGAACAUCACACAGAAAUAUUUAUACACAAAUAGUAGUAUGACAAGACUGUUGUUAAAUUACUCAGGUGUUAGCAGGUCGAGAGGAAGAAAUGUGAAAAAUGUUUGAGUGGGGAGACGAAGUAUACUGUCUUACGGAGAGCGCGUGGCAAUUCAAAUACUAUUUCUUGCUGUAUAAUAAUUUUCUAUCACACAGUAAAUCAGUACGCGUUCAGCCCGAUUGUGAUUAAGUUCAACUUCUCAGUGUCUUCUUUUAGUAUUACAAGUUACUCAUAGUUACAAGUUAGUCAUAAUCAACUAAAGUUAUUUUACAACUCAAAUAAUAUUUAACCAGCGUACUACUUUAAAAAAUGAUAACUCGUAUCUAAUGUUUCUCCUGUUAAAAGUUUAAAUCAAGAAUCAUCAUCGCCAACAUCAUGGAAGAGAAAAUGCUGCCGAAGAACACAAGACGUUCACUGAACUUGACCUUCGACGGGCUAUCCUACAGUGUCAGAACUGGAAUUUUAAAGAAAGAAAGCCGGCCGUUACUAACGACCGUUAGCGGUGAUUUCCGAGUAGGAGAAUUGACGGCGAUAAUGGGUCCGUCCGGAGCUGGAAAGUCGACUCUAAUGAACAUUUUAGCUGGGUUUAUGGUCCAAACAAGCGGCGCGGUUUCUGUAAACGGACGCCCACGUGAUCUUGUGGAGUUUCGAAGAUCAUCGGCAUACAUAAUGCAAGACGACAACCUCGAGCCGCUUCUUACCGUCGAGGAGAGCAUUCAUAUUGCAGCCAACCUCAAGCUUGACUGGAAUAAUUAUGACAAAGCCCAAAGGGUCGAUCAAAUUAUUUUUGCUCUGGGUCUUGAGGCUUGCAGACACACAAGAGCGGCAAAAUUGAGCGGAGGCCAAAGAAAAAGACUUGCGAUCGCUCUCGAGCUCGUCAAUAAUCCGCCGGUUAUGUUUUUUGAUGAACCUACGAGCGGUCUCGACAGCGUGACUUCUAAGCAGUGUAUUAAUUUGCUACGAGCAUUAGCAAGAGAAGGUCCUCGUACAAUUAUAAUGACAAUUCACCAGCCCAGCGCGACCCUUUUCGACAUGCUGGACCACCUGUACGUUAUUGUAGAAGGUCUUUGUGUUUACACAGGAGGAACUAAAUCCAUAUUGCCGUAUUUAGCUAAGCACGGAUUACACUGUCCCACUUAUCAUAAUCUUGCGGACUUUUUAAUGGAAAUAUGCAAUGGUGAUUAUGGUAACUGGAACAAUAAACUCGUCGAAUCAAUUCAGAAUGGAAAGAACAAUAAUUGGAGAUCUGUUUCUGGUGAGAAAAUCGGAUGGAGUAUUAAUUGUCAGUUUAGGCGCGGCUUGAGUCUACAGAUUUGUGAAGACAAUGAUGAUGAUGUUGUUACCAAUAAACCUGGAUAUUAUGCCACUGGAUUUCUUCAACAAUUGUAUAUUUUAUUCAGAAGAAACAUGGUUAAGUUGUCGCGAGAUAAGGUUUUGACGUUUACUCGAUUGUCAAUGCAUUGCAUAAUUGCUCUUAUCGUCGGAAUUAUUUAUUACGAUAUAGGCGAAGACGCAGCAUUCGCGAUUGAUAAUUUUAAUUUAAUUUUUUUUAAUCUUAUGUUUUUGAUGUUUUGUGCCUUUAGUGCAACUUUAAUUACAUUUCCAGCAGCAGUUCCAAUAGUAACAAGAGAACAUUUCAACAGGUGGUACAAAUUAAGAUCAUUUUAUUUAGCAAACAAAUUCGCCGAUUUACCAAUACAAAUAAUAGCAGUUUCAAUUUACACACUUAUUGUUUACUUUAUGACCGGGCAAAUACCCGAGGGAAGAAGAUUUGUACUACUAGCUAUAGUUUCAGUAGCUGUCAGUUUAGUUGCGCAGAUUAUUGGGGUUAUUGUAGGAACUGGAAUGAGCGUCCAGAAUAGUGUGAUCCUUGGACCGCUGUUGAUAAUGCCAUUUGUAGUAUUCAGUGGGUUUUUUGUUCACAUUAAUGAUGCUCCCUCUUAUCUUCAGUGGCUGUUCCACGCAUCUUUUCUUAAACACGGGUUUGAAAGUGCUAUGGCUUCUAUGUACGGAUUCGAUAGAAGAAAAAUGCACUGUUCGGAUGUUUACUGCCAUUUUGUGUACCCUAAGAAACUUAUGGGCGAAAUGGGAAUGAUGCACGUUGAUUACUGGUUUUCAAUGUUGAUACUGUUUAUUUUGUAUGUUUUACUUGAUAUGCUAGCUUAUAUAACUCUAAGAUUACGUUUAAAAAAAUUAAUUUGAUAGAUUAAUAAAACUAACUGAUUUUUAGAUAAAUUAUUUUUACAAAUUUAUACGUCUAGUUAUAAUAAUUUUCUUUAAUGAUGAUUAGAUUUAUUAUCAAUAAAGUAUUUAACAUUAUGUUUAGUAGUUAAAUUAUAUAAAU